CAAACUUUUACAAACUUCAAAGUAAAAGACUUUGUUUCACAAACAAAGUUUAAAAGUCUGAACCAGAACCUGAUCCAGAACCUGAUCCAGAACCUGAUCUUAACCGAAGCUAUAGCUAAUUAGCAUGAUCAUGACCCCGAAACAAAACAUCUGGUAAAAGCUUGAGCUUUUAUCGGUGAUUUUAAUCUCUAACUUUAUUAUUUUAUUAAUAUUUAUAUUUAAGCAGAAGUCGUAAGUGUGUUUGUCCUUCAUUUCCUCAGCGACAAAGCUAACAAGCUAGCUCGCUAACUAGCAUUACCGACAUUUAAGCGUGCAAAAACUGUGUUAAAAUGUUUGGCCUUUGUUUGUUGGAGUGGCCAUCUUGAAUUGUCACUGCAGUGAAGAGAAGGAGUUGAUGACUUUGAAUUCCACCUGCAGGGGGCGCUCACCAUGUCUGAGUACGACCAGUCAGUGUGAACUUCUUCUUUAGUUCCUUGUUUUUCUUGGUCCAGAUGAAGGUGGAGACGUCUCAGAAGUCCAGAGACUCUGGAUCUUCAGUGGAACGUUCCGACGGUGGCACUGACCGCGGUGGUGAUGGCAGUGACGAUACGGUGGCGUGCAGCCCGGGGUCGGCCGAGCGCUGCAUGUCACGGCUGCUGAGCGCGGUGGAGAGUGAGCUGCAGGCCGGGCGAGAGAAGGGUGACCCGACAGAGAGAGAGCUGAAGGUGGCGCUGGAGGACGCCGAGCUGUGGAGGAAGUUCCAGCACAUCACCAACGAGAUGAUCGUCACCAAGAACGGACGUCGGAUGUUCCCAGUGCUAAAGGUCAGCGUCUCUGGUCUUGACCCCGCCUCCAUGUACUCCUUCCUGCUCGACUUUGUUCCCGUUGACGGCUGCCGCUGGAAGUUCGUGAACGGGGAGUGGGUGGCGGCUGGCCGGGCCGAGGGCCGCGGUGAGGGGCGGGGCCACGGCGGCAUCUACAUUCACCCCGACUCACCGAACUUUGGAGCUCACUGGAUGAAAGCGGCGGUGACCUUCAACAAGGUCAAACUCACCAACAAGGUCAAUGGAGGAGGACAGAUCAUGUUGAACUCUCUUCAUAAGUACGAGCCUCAGCUCCACAUCGUGUGUGUCGGUUCUCACCAUCGUCUCGUGUCAAACGUCUCCUUCAGAGAAACUCAGUUCAUCGCUGUCACUGCCUACCAGAACGAAGAGAUCACCACUCUGAAGAUCAAACAUAACCCGUUUGCCAAAGCCUUCCUGGACAACAAAGACAGGAACAUGGGUGGGCGGAGCUUACCAGAGUCUGGACUUCAACCCUGCUGGUCGCUGUGUUCUGCUGGAGGAGGCGGGGCUUUCUCUUACAGCAGCAGCCUCCCUCUGACAUCACAUCAUCACCAUGGUUACAAACACCACAGUUUCCCGGGGCGACACACACCUUACUCAACUGCCUACCUGCCGCAGCGCACACACUCCUCUGGUGUCCAUAUGUUGGACGGCUGUAGCUCCUCCCCCUCCUCCUCUUGCUCCUCCUCCCUCUCUUUGGGCAGCAGCGCUCCUUCAUCACAGGUUCCUCCUCCUCCUCAUAACUCCAGUCAGUAUCCGUGUCUGUGGACGGUUGGGUGCAGUGAGCUAAGCCCCGCCCACUCACCUUGCAGCACUCUGCAAGGACCAAUCAGCAGCGAGAGUCUCCUUCAGCCUCCCAGUCAAGGACGGGUGGGCGGUGCUGCAUGGCUGCCUGGAUCCACCCAUUCUUUCUGAGGAGGGACAGAAAGGAUUUCUAAUGCUAACUAUGACAGGAGGCUAACAAAAGUUAGCAUUAAAGGUGUGAACCUACGUCUUCUUGUUUAUGCUAAUCGCUACAUAGUCUCCUAGCUCAUUCAUUUUGUAUUUUAUUUAAAUGUUGUUUUGUUUCUGUCACCAUUUAAUGCUAAUGCUAGUUACUAGCAGUUGUUAUUAAACCUGUGUUAUUUAUUGUGUGUAAAUAUCACGUACGACAUCUUGAUGCUGUUUCUGACAAACUCUGUGCUGUUUUUGAGGAAUCGCAAAGGAGUUGCAGUUAACAAAAGUGAAUUUAAACAUAGCUAGUAGUUAGCCAUAAAUGUAACAACAAAACAGAGCUAAACAUUUUGCCAAAACGUUACAUAAAACAUAGCUAAAAGUUAGCUGAUAUUUUACCAAUAACCUAGCUAAAAGUUAGCGAACAGUUGGCUAAAUUUUAGCUCUGUUAGCUAAGCUAGCUAUCAGUGUGGUGUAGAUGGUCAAUUGUUUGUUGUUUAGCGUUAGCGCUAAAUGUUUAUUGAAUCUUUCAUGCAUGUAUUUUAUUUAUUGUUGUAUUUUCUCUUAUUUAUUGUAAUUAUGACGUAAAUCAACAAAACACUUAGUGAUGACAUCUUGAUGCUGUUACUGAGGGACACACUGUGAUUGUUGGUGGUGUGGUGCCACCUGGUGUUCACUGUCGUAUUUACAGUUGUAGACGAUAAAAUGUGUUUUUUCCACUUUGUUCAGAAAAAAAAGUCAAAUAAAACACAA